ACUUGCACUUCUCUGCCGCACUGGCUAGGGUUUUCCAUUCCAACUCUUGCGUAAACACAUCACUUAUUCUCUCAAUUUUCUUACAAUCCAAACACAACCCAUUUCUCUAGUCCUCGUACUUACAAUACCCUUUCAAUCUCAUGGCUUCAAUCAGCCUCUAGAUGGUUCGUUGGUUGCUGUUUUAAUAUUUAAAGGGAAAGGUUUUUAUCUGGUUUUAUCAUCUGUUUAUUGAAAAAUAUGACAACAAUGAACCCUUUUGAUCUUCUGGGUGACGAUGAUAAUGAGGACCCAAGUUUUCUUAUUGCUGCUGCUCAGCUUAAGGUUGUUGAGAAGCCUAAGAAGCCGGUUGCUCCUGUUCAAGCUCAAGCUCAGCCUGCUAAGCCGGCUAAGCUUCCUACUAAACCGCCACCCCCUGCUGAGGCUGUGAGGGAAGCGAGGACUGAAGGAGGACGUGGAGGAGGCAGAGGUGGCGGACGUGGUUUUGCCCGUGGGCGUGGAGGUUAUGGUGGAUUCAACAGGGAAUCAAACAACAAUGAAGCUACCUUUGGCAACAGCAAUGGAUUUUCUGGUGGGUACAAGCCAUCUGAAGAGGGAGAAGGUGGAAAGACCUCUGAGAGGCGUAGCUAUGGCGGGCCUCGUGGUGGUUUCCGUGGAGGUCGUCGUGGUGGUUUUGGAAAUGAUGAAGAUGGAGAGGGUGAACGCCCUCGCAGGAUUUACGAACGCCGCAGUGGAACUGGUCGUGGCAGUAAUGAGGUCAAACGAGAGGGAGCUGGUCGUGGUAAUUGGGGAACACAUUCUGAUGACAUUGCCCCUGAAACUGAGGAGCCUGUUGUUGAAAAUGAAAAGAAUGCUGCUGUUGAGAAGCCAUCUGGAGAGGAUGAUGUUGCAGAUGCCAACAAGGUCAUCCCUUCAAAUGAGACAGAAGAAAAGGAGCCUGAGGAAAAGAAUAUGACUUUGGAAGAGUAUGAGAAAAUACUUGAAGAAAAGAAGAAAGCAUUGUCUGUUUCAAAGGUGGAAGAAAGAAAGGUUGAUGUGCAAAAAGAGUUUGGCUCUAUGCAACCUCUUUCAAGUAAGAAGGAAAAUUUUGAGGUCUUCAUCAAACUGGGUUCUGAGAAGGAUAAAAAAAAGGAUGCUGCUGACAAGGAAGACAGAGCGAAAAAGGCUGUGAGCAUAAAUGAAUUCCUGAAGCCUGCCGAAGGUGAGAGAUACUAUGGUGGGCGUGGCCGUGGACGUGGACGUGGCCCAAGAGGUGGAUAUAACGGAGGCUACACACGUGAUGCAGCUGCUCCCUCAAUUGAAGAUCCUGGGCAGUUCCCCACCUUGGGUGGCAAGUAGAUCUUAAUUUAUAGUCGCAGAGGUUUCCUCUCUGGAGUCCUUUGCGUUCCGCCCAAGAGUUCAAGUUAAAGGUUGCCAUCCGCCAAGUUUUCAAAAAAGAAAAAAGAACAAACAUAUUUAACAUUUUAGUCUUUUGGGUGUAAAUUUUAGAUAUUCCUCCUUUGGUCUAUCUGUCUGUGAUUCCUUGUCGACUAUGAUAUGCAUGCAUACCUCUUUUUCUUUUCUUUUUCCGUUUAAAUUAGGGAUUAUGGAGUCAUUUUUAUGUCUUUGGAUUAAGUAGUAGCAUCAGUUUUGGUUCUGUAGGAUUUCAACAGCACUUGUUUUAGUCUUUUAAUAUUUUAAAUUUACAUUAGCUUGUUGGUUUACUAAA